AUGGAUCCUGAAAAGGAGGCAGCAGUUCCAGAGGGUCUUCCAUUCCCUGGUGGAAGCCCCCAAGUUCAUUCGCCUGACAAAGAUGUUGCUCCUAAGGGCCGCCCAGUCUCCUUGAAAAAGAUCAAAGAAAGUCACGUCCAGCAAUUUUACCAACAGUACGUACAGGAGGCUGCGCAGAAGCGGCAGAUGGCGCCUAGCGACUUUACGCUCGAAUUCCGCAAAUCUCUCUGGGGCGCUGCUGUGAAGUCUGCCAACGAACGCAUCAACCAUAUUCGUAAAGGCCUGCUAAGGAACACUCAACCGUCGCAAUCACCCAGCAAGAAGCCACUAGUUCCAACUCCUGAGCCGACCGUAAACCCCAUCGUUCUUCAACAGCCGCUCCCAACUCGGCCUGUUUCUUUCGAUUUCGACCUCAAACCAGAAUUGCACUCUGACAACCCCUCACUGGCUCGUCCAAAGUCUGACGAGAUGUCAAUCGCCGAUCUCUGGGCUCACAAGCUCACCGAUGAGCAGCUUGAGCACAUGAAAUCGUUCGAACCGGACUCUGAGAUGCAAGAGCUGCUGUUGAGCGAUAUCACACCUGGUAGCGGUGAUCCUUUUAGUGACAACUCAGCCGAUGGCCCGGGUGGUAGGGGCUCCUUGUUCGGUGCUCGCCAGGCCAACUACGACCUUCCUUCUGCUGCACCUGCUGGUACAUAUCCCAUCCAGGAUCAGACUCUUCCAGCUCAGCGCCCAGGCAGCAAUCCAUCCGGCAAUUUCCAACAAGGUACAUACGUCGAGUCGCCAGCAGGUUUGAAAGAGCCUAGGAUGCAGAAUAACAAUUUCGACCGCGCCAACAUGGACCAGCAGCAUACGCAGGAUGGCAACCACGCUACUCCUCAGCCCGGCGGCAUUCAGUCGAUGCUAGAGUCUCAAUUCAUGCAACCCAACCUCCACAGCUACUCUCACACCCACGGCUACCAUCAAAUGUCGCCUGCGUCUAACACCAUGCGUAGUGCAGCACAGACUCCUUCUCAGACUGGUGGCAACGGCCUCGCCUCGCCUCAAGCUCAAUUCGACCGCGCUGUGUUGAUCAAUGAUAACCUGCAAGCUGCUCCAUUCACAGGUUUCAGCCAGCUACCGGUCGACAAGAAUGCAGAUGGAGAUUUGCCUGCGGAUUUCAACUUCUCUCUGCCAGGCACGCAUCGGAAUCCGUUCGAGACCGACGGCCCGCCCAAGUCCGCUGUGGAAGCCAAACAACGCUUUCAAGUCCACAUUCACCAGCUGAACGAUCUGCACCGAAUCCGGAAGGAGAACAAUGAUCGUUUCAUGUUCAGUUACUUGGAGCAAGGUGUGUGGCUGUAUCAGGCCAUAUAUGAAUGUCUGGCCAUCACGACCGGACUGCGAACCCUGACUGACUUGUUGGCAAAAUACGAUGUCGCUCACGAUCAGCGUAUUCUAUACCACAUGGCGGUCUUCAUUCAUGGUCCCUUGGUUCCGGGUCUGGUCAAAGCAGGACCUCGCCUGGCCACGUUUGUCCAGGACGCCUUGAAAUCGGUCCAUGAUCCCGAGUUCAGACCUGUAGCAUUCAACAAGGUGACAAACCUGUUCUACACUACCUUCUUAGGUGCCAAAGCGCGUCUCAUGGUCAUCGAUUCCCAACGCAAGGAUAACCCGGCGCACUUCACAACCUUGCCUCCGCAGACAUUCAAGGAGUUGUUGCCUAUCACCAGCGGUAACAUGUAUGCCUGGCUGGCGCCUGGCGCAGAUAAUGAACUAGGUAUCUACGAUCACGUAUGGCCGCCGACUGGGCCUUUUUGA